UGCACCGAUGCACGCUCGUCCAGCUCUUACUGAGACUAGCUUUGUUGGCUUGUGAACAGCGUGCUGGAAGCGGUGGACGCACUGCUGGGCGGCGCGCAGAGCCUCGUGGUGCCGAUCAGCGACAACCGCCGGCGCCCAGAAACGGCGCACCUAGAACCAGAGUCGAUGUGCUGGGUCACGGUGGAGGACGUGGUGCGCUUCUUCCUCGGCUCCGUCGCGCUCUUCUCCCAGAUCGCCUUGCGCUCCGUCUCCGACCUCGGCGCCGUGCGCCCGGCCCGCAGCGCGCUCGCCGUCGCGCCUGGUGACGACGCACUCUCCGCCAUCAUGCCGCUCCUGCGCACCGCCCUGGCAACGCACGCCUCCGUCGCCUUGGUGUCAUGCCGCUGCCUAGUCGGCGAGAUCUCACCGUCGACGCUCUGCUCACUCGAUGCAUCCGUCGCCGCGCUCUCGACCGGCUUCCUGGUGUCCUUUGUCCACACUAGCCGAACCCCGCACUCAGCCGCCCUCCGCCUCCGUAACCUCCUCCAUCCGAUGUCCCCUUCCUCUUCCUCGCCAUCCUCCUCCUCAGCAUCCUGCUCUUCGUCCGAGGACGAGGACGAGGAGAGGAACGGCACGCCGGCAUGCAGGAGCCAAGGCGGUGAGCAUGGUUCAUCAUACUCGGCACGGUGGACCAAGGGGAGGGAGCCGAUCGCGUGCCGGCGGCGGAGCUCGCUGGUGGCGGUGAUGGCGCAGGCGGUCGCGCACCGCGUGAUGCAGGUGUGGGUGCUGGACGACGAGCCGAAGGAGGAGGAGCUGGUGGGUGUCGUCAGUUUCCUGGACGUGCUCCGGGUGCUCCGCCGCCACCUGCUACGCGCGCACAGUAUGGCGGACUAAUCUCGGCUCCUCUCGGAAUGCAAGAAUUUCACCAACUGUCUUUAUCUAAGCGCUGAUGAAAAUCACAUUUUGCGUGAAGUCUCCGAUGAAAACACCGUGAAUGAAACUUAACUGAACCAAACCAAAGCAAAGCAAAGCCAAGUGAGGUGAUUUUCUAGCUACUCGUGACUACUGUCCAAUCCUUUUGAGCCCUGCUAGAUGGCUGUCAAGUGGCAAGUCUUAACGUUUCCCAAACGAUAACAUCCACACGUCUGAAUGUUUGCAUUUCG